CAUCGGUACUGAGAUCGCUGCCUGCUGCUUGCUUCCCUGCAUUGAUGCAGUAGGAAACUGGUGGGCGAAGGGGCAUCGGAGGCGAUGGAUUGCGUCCUAAAAUUUUUGCGCACACGCUUACCAUAACUCUAGUCAAAACGUCAAAAAGCAGACACUUUAGAUCGAUCCCUCCUCACCUCAAAUGGCAUCUUCUAAUAAUACUAUGGUGGCGAUUGCUGGCAUACUGAUGUGCAUCGUCGGAACCACUACCGAAGCCGUAACCACGGAAGAGAGAGUCGAACUGCGGGAACAAGUUAAAGAAAUGUUUUAUCACGCCUACCGGGCUUACAUGGACAAUGCAUACCCAGCUGAUGAGCUCAUGCCUCUGAGCUGCAAAGGCCGAUACCGAGGAACAGAGGCCAAUCGGGGGGACAUAGAUGAUGCAUUGGGAAAUUUUUCAUUAACCCUAGUGGACACCAUGGACACAUUAAUGCGCACUUUUAAGUGCUUAGAAUCAUCUAUUAGGUGACAUGGAGGAAUUCGAGAGGGCUGUUAAACUUGUGAUCCGGGAUGUCAGCUUUGACAGUGACAUUGUUGUAUCUGUAUUUGAAACCAACAUCAGAAUGGUUGGGGGCCUCCUGAGUGGGCACAUCCUGGCUUCAUACCUGCAGGAACGCCAUGGUCUAAUGACCUGGUACAGAGGCGACCUGCUGCUCAUGGCUAAGGAGCUUGGCUACCGGUUACUGCCAGCCUUUAAUACCACCACAGGCGUGCCACACCCUAGGAUAAAUUUACGGUUAGGCCUGAAGUCACCCAAGCUGGGACAGGUGCAUGAGACAUGCACAGCGUGUGCUGGCACAAUGAUUCUAGAGUUUGCUGCCCUGAGCAGGCUCACUGGGGAACCUGUUUUUGAGGCAAAGGCACGAGCUGCCAUGGACUACUUGUGGCAGCAGCGCCACCGGUCAAGUGAUCUCAUGGGCACUGUCCUUAAUAUUCACAAUGGGGACUGGAUACGCAGAGACAGUGGCGUCGGGGCCGGCAUUGACUCCUACUAUGAGUAUUGCCUCAAAGCAUACAUACUUCUUGGAGAUGACCUCUAUCUAGAGAGGUUUAACAAGCACUACACUGCUGUGAUGAAAUACAUCAGCCAGGGCCCUAUGCUUGUUGAUGUGCACAUGCAUCGGCCCAACACUAACUCAAGGAAUUUCAUGGAUGCCUUGCUGGCCUUUUGGCCAGGGCUGCAGGUGCUCAAGGGUGACAUCAAGCCAGCCAUUGAAACACAUGAAAUGCUUUACCAAGUUAUGCAGCUUCACAAUUUUCUUCCAGAGGCAUUCACAACUGACUUCCAAGUGCAUUGGGGUCAACAUCCACUGAGACCAGAAUUUGUUGAAAGCACCUAUUUCCUCUUCAAGGCAACAGGGGACCCCUACUACCUUGAAGCUGGCCGUAGAGUGGUGGAGUCAUUGCAGAAGCAUGCAAGAGUGCUUUGUGGAUUUGCGGCUGUCAAGGAUGUUCGCACUGGAACACAUGAGGACAGGAUGGACUCGUUUGUGCUAGCAGAGACGCUCAAAUACCUGUACCUGUUGUUCGCGUCACCAGAGGACCUACCUCUAGACCUGGACCAUUUCGUCUUCACCACUGAGGCCCACCUUCUCCCACUCAGCCUAGCACGCAUCAAUCGCACACACUUUGACAUGAUGCAGUCACCACGAAUGAUGUUCUACGCCCCGGAGGAGGAAUUCUCACAUAGCUGCCCCAAUACACACUUCCUGUUCCCCAAGAGCAACUAUGCACACACUGUGCGACAGCCUCUCAAAAACCUGGUCGAAGGUGCCUGUCCAACAGUGGCCUCCAGUACUAGGAGGCUCCAUGCAUCACAAUUUGAGGCGAACAAGAAGGAGCACCUGAACUUGGUGAAGAAAAUGGGCGUAUUUGUGACACUUAUGUCUGAUGGCCGCAUUCAACUCAUCCACAACGCUGCGCAGGCUGAGAGCCCUGAGGAUGCCCAGGAGGGCCUGCUGUUCAUGCAAGAGAUGAUAGAGUUGGCAAAGCAGCAGAACCAGCAAGAGCAGCAUGUGCGGUCUGUGACAUUCACACUGCCUUCUACCAAGAUGCAUAUGGUUCUACAAGCGGGGCCGGCCCAGUUUGGCAAGGACCUUGGGAAGACCACUAAUGAAGUUCGUGCUCCACUUGUGCUGCUUGACCCUCUGCGUGGCUGUGGGGAGUUGCACAACAGUCACGAGCUCAAGGGCAAGAUUGUCAUCAUGGAGCGUGGCGAGUGUAUGUUUGUAGAGAAAGCAAGAAAAAUUCAAACAUUUGGGGCUGUUGGAGGCAUAGUCCUGGAUAACCAGGCAGGCACCAAUGCACGGCAGUCACCUGUGUUUGCCAUGUCCGGCGAUGGCACAGAUGAUGUUACUAUCCCACUUGUGUUCCUCUUCACCGAGGACGGCCAACUACUGCUCAAUGCAUUCAAAGAGCACCCUAACCUUGUGGUCACCUUGUCGGACCUGAGCAUCAUCUCAUCCUCGUCUUCCAACACUGAGGGUGAACCUGCUGAAGAGGCAGCCAACCAAACAUCAGGUGAAGCCAAGAAAAGCAAAAAGGCCUCCACAGCCAUCCCCACAGAAGGUGGACCAUCUUUUGCAGAAGCUGAACUACUACGCAAGGUGCAACUCUUGCGUCGUUUGGAUGCAUUAGGUCGGCUUCACGGGGAGACAAAUGAGCUACUAGAGAAAGAAGCUACCAUCCGCCGUAUGCUGGGAAAGUUGCUUAGCCAGCACAAGCUUUUUGAAAUGGAUAUUCGCAGCCUUCUGGAGCGUCUAGAAGACUUCACUGCUGAAGCCAAGACAAGGCAUUCUAGUGCCGAUGGAUUGUGCACAUCACCUCCUGUGCCUGCAACAUCAUCAGUCAACCCACUUUCCAGUGCAAAGGCCUUUGUCGCAUUCAUCAUGCUACACCACUGUGAAUAUACUACCGAGGCAUCCCGAUGACCAUGGGAGGUCUCUUACUCAAACGAUCCUGCCAGGAAGUGCAUUUCUUUUUGCUCUGCCAGUGCUGCUGCCUCCUGCUGCUUCAUUGUGGGUAACUGGAGUGCACUCCAUGCCAAGGUGGUUUAGAAGUCUCCCAUGUGGUGAUGACUUCUAUUAGGAAUGUGAAAGCUCCUGAUCAGUGCACGACUCUUGGUUGUGGCCUAGUGAGCCUGGGUGAAGCAUUUAUAUAUAUUGUCACCACAAAAAUAUUUUGGACUGCUUAGCUGUAUUGUCUCUUGAAAAUUACCUACACCAUCAAUGUUGCUGCAUCAGGUCAUGAUUUGAUGAAAGUGUCAACUAAGUUUUACAUCCAUGCGCCAUACCUGCCAACUCUCCCGAAUUUUCCGUAAAGUAUGUGAAUUUGGGCUUGUUCUAUGAUUUUAUUAAUGUUGUGUCAAGUUGUACAAAACAUGAGUUGAACGUUAGUCCAACUUGCAAACUUUUGUUGGACACAUUGACCAAAUCAAGAUGUGAUGUGCAGUAGGCACAAGUAGGAAACAUCCAAGGUGUUGACUGAUUGUUGAAGUUUCACGGAUCACAGUGAUAAUGCUGGAGAUUUUGUCAUUCCCCAUGGUAAUACUGAAUGCCAACAGACAUUUAGUAAACAGUACUGCAAAUGAGAGCCAGAGUUUUGCUCGGUCUUCAACCAUACCCUUACAUGUCGCCUCAUGAUGAAAGGUCACCAGAUGUUCACUUGCUACAAUCAAGUUUAUUCGGGUAAAUACCUGAAGCAGGCAAAAUUCAGAACUGCAAAUUCUGUUAAAAAAAAAGCCACUGUGAUUUAAAAAUUUGGCACAGACACUUCAGACUGCUUAUGUGUGGGAAUGCGAAAGCAUUAUAGUCUCUUUAAAGAAAUGUUUCUUUCCACACGUUCCUUGUCCAUGCAGGCUAUCACCUGCAUUCCAACUGUGUCUCGGUAAGCCCAAAUCAAAAUGCACCAAGCGUCUCAACGCACUCGCUUACCCUCAAGGAGUUCAUAACUUGAAGGAUGCAUGCACUAGGCACACCUUUAGUCUAGCAGAGCCGUGGAGCCGCUGUUGCAUUGGGUAAGCAUGCUCAUCUUGCACCCCAGAAGCCCGGGAUUGAUUCCUACCCAAACCAAAAUUUACAAAAUUUUAUUUUCAAAGCCAUUUAUUUACUUUGUUUACAGGAACCUUCCUGAGAAAUUUGACGCCAAUCCAAGCAUUUUUGGGGUAUUUUUACUCUUUCCUCCAUUGGCCAUUUUUGGUACCACCGCUUGGUGGUCACACCGACGACAACAGAUUUUCGCAUAAUGGGGCAUUUAAUGCUUUCUUAUUAAAACAACACCCCUGCUAUUCGAAGUUUGCUUCGUUAAUAAAGUCGGUACACAUCCAUCAAAAGGUGUGUGCUAAGGCUCAGAGUAAUCUUGUUAAAAAUUUUAAUAUGUGCUGUUCCUCUCUAUCUCCCCUCGUGUCCUGUCCAGAGGACGUCUACGAAUUUAAAGUUCAAGGGUUGGCAGGUAUGAUGUACAUGCGCUCUAAGCAUGUGUAUAUGGUGCGUGCACUGUCGUACAGUUCUGAGCAAGAUGUAUAAAAAAAAAGCAUUGUCAAGCUAUGUCAUACGCACAAGAAUGGAUGUGUGAUCUUCUGGCGCAGCCUAGUCAAUGAAUGUACAAGAAUGAGCACCUAGGAUAAAAAACUUUACUGUCUUUUUUUAUUUAGCUGCUAGUUCUUUGCUCAGUCUUCCGCAUGUGGGCACCUGAUUUGUGUCAUUUUUAAUUAGAGUGCUUUCAAGUGCAUGCUUUUGUUUUCAUGUGCAGCUCUGAAGGCAACAUGCUCAAAUUCUCAGAGUUUUAUCAUUUGUUUUGGGACAUGAAGGAUGGGAGUUAUCAUGGUCUUCUGUGAUAUCAUGAUAGAUCAUGAUUCUAUUAUUAUUAUUGACAGCGAGGUUACAUGGUUCCAUUUGAUCCUUCAUCAGCCAUUAUAUUCCUUAAAGAUACUAUUAUUAUUAUCUUUGCCUUUCUUGUGCUUAUUAUUUUAUGUGAUAACUGGCCAGACUACAGCACCGGAUACUGUGGUUUCCGCAGCAGCAAGAACUUAAUGUGCCAGCAGUGGGAAAAACUUCAGAGAAACUUGAAACAUUUUUUUUUUAAUUCAGAGAAAUUCAUACCUGCAAAGAUUAUUCACUAAAUAUGGGUCCUACAAAGCAACUUGAGGCAUGUACAGCAGUGUAGCAAUCAUUUGUUCAUGGUGACUGAUAUGAGGGAAUGUUUUCAAAGUCACGUAACCACCAGCUCACUGGGCCACAAUCAAAGCACUGAAAACAAUGUUCAUUUAUUCAGUGAAGCAAUCUGUCAGCAGGUUCAUGUUUGCCAUUUCUGAUUAGUUUUAUGUAAACAAGUGGUGUCAGAGUAUGUCCCUCUGGCCUGAGUUUCGUGGAUGUCAUACUGAAAUGGCAAGCAACUAUCAGGAAGUUCCACUUUCCUUUUUUUUUUCCUUUUUUUUGAAUGUCAAAAAUCUUUUCACUUUCUUUGAAAAUGAUAGAUAAGUGAGACCAGUCAUUUAUUUCAUUUAGCAUGACAUGUACUUUGGAAGAAACUUGCCAGAGGUCAGAUAUAGUGUAAAUAUUCAGCACUGUCUUUGAGAACUUGUUCAAGUGAUGCUUACGUUUAAAUAAGAGGUUACCUGGGGCCAGUGUCAUCUGCAGAUGGCUACCUGUUCAUGAGAGCUAUGUGAAGGAAGGGCUGUUGUGUCAAAAACAACAUGCACUGUUUACUGCCCUCGUUAACAAGCCAUGCAGUGUUUCUAUGAAGAGAAUGAAGUCUUUAACAAAGGUUUUUAAGGUGCUGUUUGAAGUUUUUUUUCUAGCAUGAAGUUAAGGUUACGGCAAAUAAUGUGUCACGUGACAUACAUAUCUGAAGUAUGGUAUAUUUAUAGUGACAAUGUUUUGUAAUGUGAAAAAGUAGAAUGAGGUGAGCUGAAAAAAAAAAUGUGCCACUGCACAUCAGGGAACCUUGCUCUUCUGCAACUUGAAAAGUAGUCUGCCCGACUGAGCACUGGCUUAAAAUUCUGUGUUUCUAUUUCUCUUCUUAAUUGAGUUAUAUUUAACUUUUAUUCUUGACUGCAGCCCAUCUCAUUUUUUAGCCUGCUUUGUGUGCUCUUUUUCUGCAGAAAACACACCUGCGAGAUUACCUUUAUGCAGGUUGGAGUAGUAUUGUGCAUGAUUUUUUAAAUGCAGAGCUGCUUUUAUGAACUUUAUUGUAUGACAAAGAGAUUUUGAGAGGUAUUUUUGUUUCAACUGUUUUGCCACCUAUGGUAGGCUAUCUGCAAUAUGUAUGCAUGUGUAUAUAAGUGUGACGUGAAAUCUGCAGGACCUUCGGGACAUGUCUGUGUGUUGUUCUUUCUUGGAAACCAAGGAUUCAUUUCAUUUGUGCAUGAUGAUUCUGGAUCAUAGUCUCAUGAAUAUGAGAACGCAGAUGAAUGUGAGAAUUCAAAUGAAAAGCACUGCAGAAUUUUGGCUUAUGUUUUUCAUUCCUUUUUCUUCUUUUUAAUAUGCUAGUUUAUCUUCAGAACAGUGCCUGAUAAGCAAACAAAGGAUUUAUAUAUGUGUUUUUGUUUUAUAAAUAUGCAUGAAGGAUGAACUAGGGAAUGAUAAAUGUCUGAAUGUGGCUGUUGCUGUGAUGGUUCAUGUACUUGCAAAACAGCCACCCUUCUUUUCAUUUACUAAUACUGCUAUGUACAUAGCAUUUGCCAUUAAACUGUGAAUUGGAGCACCUCUUCAUUACAGUUUUUGCUUAGUGUGGGAAUUUUGUUUGUGCUUCUGAUUGGUUGUUGCAAGGCUAGUGUUAUGGAACACCGAGCAUUCCCCCUCUUCAUCGUCUGUUCAUGCAUCUACUUCUUGCAGGGAAUGAAUAACGCUGAUAUGUAUUUACGUCCAUCCACAUUUGCCAGAAAGAAGUGUUCUAGACUCUCGCGUGUGCAAGUAUUUUUUUUCCUUGGUGCUAAAUAGUGAUGCUAUCAAGGACUUGUCUUGAGACAGUUUGUAAAGCAGAGUUUUACAUUUAUGUGAAAUCUGUGACACAUGUUUCUCUAUUGUUACAGCAUAUAUCAAGACUCCAAAGAUGUUAUAGAUAUCUCCUUUGUGCACUCUCAUUUGCGUCAUUUCAAAUUUGCUUUCAUUCUGUUGAACGUAAUCUUCUAAAAGUUACUAAAGCUCUGUUACAUGCUUG